CUCAGAACAUCUUAAUAACCUGGGGGGACGAGAUUUUACUCUUCCUAAGCAUUGCAUCGAGACUGGCCUAAAUGUGCUGUAUUGAUUUAAAUAAAUGUUCACACUCACAGCACAUGCCUGCUACUACCCACGCAGCGAUAACCGAACCACCAACAAGGCACACAAGAAUGCAGUUAAAUUUGUGAACUGGCGUUUGCCUGGGUCUGCUUUCCAGUCUUUCCGUUGUGUCAUCCUUGUUCUAUGGGUAUACAACUUUUGUUAGUAGCUGGCUUCUAGUGUCCCAGACUCAACAUGGCAGAAGCAGGCGAAGCCGAAGACAGGCCGUUCAGCAUCAUCAUAUUUGGGGCGAGCGGUUUCACCGGACAGUAUGUGGUAGAGGAGUUGGCCCGUGUUGCCGAGGAGGAGGGCAUGGCCGGUAGCUUGACCUGGGCAGUUGCUGGUCGAAGUAAGGAGAAGCUUGAGAUGGUGUUGAAGCAGGCUGCCGAAGCUACAGGAAAAGACCUGAGCGAUGUGGGUGUCAUUUUGGCCAACGUGAACGACAAUCAGUCGAUGGAUGCCAUGUGUAAGCAGGGCAAGUUGCUACUCAACUGUGUGGGACCGUACCGUUUCUAUGGUGAGCAGGUUGUCAGGGCUUGCAUCGAGAAUGGGUGCCACCACGUCGACAUCAGUGGAGAGCCACAGUUCCUGGAAGGCAUCCAACUGAACUAUAACGAGAAAGCCAAAGAGAAUAAUGUGAUUGUCAUCGGGGCCUGUGGCUUUGAUAGCAUCCCUGCUGAUAUGUCAGUAGUCUUUACCAAAAAGAAGUUUCCAGGGGUUUUGAAUAUAGUAGAAAGCUUCAUGGCAAUUCAGACCGGUCCAAAGGGUGGCAAAGGUCAUUUCACUACAUACCAGUCGGCCAUUUAUGGAUUUGCUCACAGCGAUGAGUUGCCUAAGCUACGCCAGAAGUUCAACUACAAGCCGUUGCCCAAGUACACCCCAAGGCUUAAGAAGAGGGGUGCUAUUUUCUACAAUGAAAAGACGAAGAAGUGGUGCACCUUGUUCCCAGGCUCUGAUGUGUCUGUCGUUCGAAGGUCACAACGCUUUCUGUAUGAGAACAAUGACGAACGACCGGUCCAGUAUGGUGCCUACUUUGAGAUCGGUGGCUUCUUUUCGCUCAUGGUACUCCUGUUUUUCGGCAUCAUCUUUGCCUUCUUGGCCAAAUUCAGCUUUGGGAGGAAAUUGCUGGAGAAGUACCCCAAGCUCUUCACCGGUGGGGGGUUUUCCCAUGAGGGGCCGACCCGUGAGCAAAUGGAUGGAACUACCUUCAGUUUCGUGCUGAAUGCCGAGGGUUUUAGUGCCGGUGCUGAUAAUGACCAGACAAAGCAUGAUGUCACCAUGGUUACCAAGGUAACCGGGCCAGAGCCAGGAUAUGUUGCCACCCCGAUCAUGAUGGUUCAGGCUGGUCUGGUGAUCUUGUCCGAGAAGGACAAUCUGCCGGCAAGCGGUGGUGUGUUCAGCCCGGCGGCUGCUUUCUCCCGGACUCGGCUGAUUGAGAGACUUGACAAACGUGGCAUCAAGUUCAGCGUCGUGGAGACUGCUCUACCGUCCAAGGAGUAAGUUGAUGAAUCCUGCGUCUCGCUGUCUUGCACCUGCACUGACAUCAAGCAGUCUACUGUAUUGUACCAUACGGCUUCGAUUGCGAAUGUCAUGUCAGUGUUUCUAAAAGUUGUUUUAUUGAUGCUUCUAAGUAAUGAAAACAAUAAAGAUUUAUAGUGUGCCAGUAUCCAAAGAAAAUUACGCUCAGAGAGUAUUACAAUCAGAACAGCAAAAUAACAAUGAAAUGAACUAAACGAAAAUACUGUAGCUUUCCUGAAACAAACAAGUCUUCAGGGCAGCCUAAAAUCUUAGAGACCAAAGAGAAAGUGUGAAUGUUGAAAGGUAGUUUUGUAGCUUUCCUCAAACCGAUAAGUCUUCAGGGCAGCCUAAAACCUUAAAAGAGACCAAAGAGAAAGUGUGAAUGUUGAAAGGCAGUUUCGUUCCCAAGAAGAGGACGUCCCGCAUGUAGGCAACUUCCCCAUCUCCAGUUACACUUGUUCUGGAUUCGGGGAUAUUCAGGUAUGUUUCCCCAACCACUAACCAGAAACAUGUUUGUGAUGUUGAAUCAAUGACCAGGAGCACAUUUACAGUGGUCUGCAGAAAUGCAUGACUAAAAACAGUUGCGUCAUCUAAGAGAGACAAAAAAGGGGUAGCAGACGCCAUUGUUGACAUGCAUCAUUUUCAAAUAUUUGGAAAGUUCCUAACUGCUACCAGAUAUGGUUCAUUGCAUGUAACAAUACAUUUGCAAGUUCACAAUUCACUUAUUUUGGGAGAGAACCAAAAUAUUAUCUUGCCAUUUUCCACCAUUUUGAACUGGCGAUGAACCGACUCCAAUGUUCAGUUUGUGUUUUGGCCAGUGAUGCCCCACGGGUAUAACUGGAGUCGUGAAAAUGCCCAACCAGAGAACAAAGCAGAAACAUAUUUCAGGUCACAGUCGCCAAAACACGCUCCUGGCGUCAUGUGAAAUUUGGACUUCAGUGAAGCUGUUGUGUCAAAUGCCUUGUAUGGCCCCCUGCCUCGCUUGUGACUGUGAAUUGACAUUAGUCUGUAUUGAGAUGCGUUCAAUAGGGUCAGUGAAUCAUCCUUUCAUGCUGAUCAUAUUUUGCACUUCUCUAACAAAUCUAAACUUCUCUAACUGUAUCUAAAACAAAGGAGUAAGAAGACUCCAAACAGAUAGCAUUUUCAUAGCUCCAAAAUAGGAGAAAGUUGUUGAAAUCAGCAUUUGUGAUCAUACUUGUCAUUUGGUGUCGACGCUAUGGAAUCAGUGCCAAGUAACUAACUACAUCAAGCAGAAUCUUAAGUGUAAUGUCCAGUUGUGCUUAUCAUUGAAAUAUGAUUGUGUGCUUUUCUGAUAGCAGGGCAGUUAAGAAAAAUAUGUAACUAGUUGAAAAAACAAGGAGAAAGCCUGCAUGCAAUUUUAUACUAUUUCUCUGGGGGGUAAAGGUAUUGCUGUGUAAGAAAUUCUUCAUACCUGGUCCUAUAAGUUCGCAUUUCACUGUGCCCCCUCGUAUGCUUGGUAAGGGCUUUUAAAUUGGGUGGUCCGAUGAAUUCUAGUGGUGCCCAUGCUGAAAUCACACAAAAGCUACAGUCAAAACGAUGCUAAACCAAGAGAUACUGUUCAGGGUUUGUAGUGGCAGAUGUCUUCGACCCAAAUUACGAGCUUUUUUCAGAAAAUUCCUGUUUCACCUGUCUCUGGUCGAAGUUUCUUGUUUGAUGUUUCAAUGUCACACUACUUUGGGGAACAAUGUUAAGAAUUUCAGUUCGAGAUGAAUUAUAUAUAAAUAUAUUUUGGCAGUUCUUUACCCGGGAAAUCAAUUGUUUUAUUGCAUUCUGACACUUAAAUUUCCUGGCUUGCUAUGCAACUAUGGAAGGCUAGUUCCAAAAUAGUUUACAAGCAUAGUUCAGCCAUUAUAUAUGUGAACUUUGAACCAUAUUUCUUGCUUAAAUUAGCUAACAGUUACAGCACUUCUGAGAACUUUCAGUUCUCCCAAAUCUUGUUUUGUUUUCUUCAUUUGAAGAUGUGCAUUCUAUAUAGCAAAGCAGUGAGAAUUUAUCAGAUGUUUAGGUGUGUAAAAUUGCCAAAAAGCAUACUGUUUGAUGAAUGCUUGUGAGGAAGUGUUUACAUUGCCAAGCAAUUAUUUGAUCGUGCUUUUAUUCUGGAAGAAAUUUUAUCCCACAUUAUGUUGGAGAGAUUUUGAUUUUUUAAUUCAGAUUUGGUUAUACCUGGAUAUCCUUAAAGGGAAACAUGGUAUGUGUGCAUGCAAUGCUAAACUUUUCUCCCUUUAAUUUUCUUGUCUUUUAUGAAUAGGAUUUUAAUUUAUUAUUUUGUAUUCCGGUUUUGGUACAUUUUAUGAAUAUGUAUCUUGAAAAGGAAAUUAUAUGCUUGCUCCCCCCUGUAAUUUUCUUGUCAAAGGUUGAAGUUUGGCUUUUGCCUAUGCAUCUAAUAUUCAUCAAAUAAAAUCAAGCAACUCUAAUAAAUGUAUGUUGAGUGUAUCCAUUGAUCCGUGAUGCCGUCUGAACAAAAUAAAAAUAAACAUCUUGCAUUCCUAAGA